AUGUGCUCGUUAGGCAUGUCAGCCAUGAGUUCGGGAUACAGCAGCUCACAGUCGUACAAUAGCCGGUCAACAGUUCUCGAGAAAACCACCAGCCAUUUCAACAUCCAGCGCCAAACACUUAAUCUUAUUCGGGACAAGCUGAUACACGACGACGGCAGCUCUGAGGUGGCCAGCAAGCUGGGAAUGGUUAAGCGGUUUUCCGAAGUGCUCAAGAUGAUGAGUAGCACGGAUUUUAGCGACUUACCGUUGGAAAAGCCCAAUAAUAAGCCGUUUUUUGUGAAUCACAAAGGUAAUCACAUUGAAUGCUUUCACAAGCUGUGGUUUGUCAUGAAACAGUCCUUGAGCAAAUUCGACCACUUUGUCGACGCCGUCAAAACACCCCGUGGCAGCAAGCAGGCUGCUACGGUCGAACGAGCAGAUGGCCUCACACCCACUGCGGUCAGCAUCGGCGACAUAAUCAAAAAAGAGGUGGGCCUCCAAGGCCGCGCCUCAUACGUGGUCAGAACUAAAUUCGGCGAAAAUGAAGCUGUGCUCAAGCUGUCGUGGACACACGUCGAUCGCCACCCUGAGGGUGGCGUCGACAUUUUGAGAUACUGGCUCGAGUACCUAAUCAUGGAGGACUGCGUCCAGGCCAAGAGGGCAGGCGUGCUCCAUUGCAACAUUUCCCCGGAAAACAUUACUUGGCGCGAAAAGGACACAUUUGUCAUAGGCUGGGGAUGCGCAAGGAUUCUGCCCGACAUACCGGAGGCUGUGUUGAAGCGUGUUGGCGAGUCGUGGGACAUUGUCAUUGACGAGCUGUUGUAUACUGAAAGCAAAUGCAAUCAGGGUACGGGCACGGAAUGCUUCAAAAGCGUUCGGGUGCUAGAUGGGCAUGUUAAGCGCAGAACUUUAGACGACAUUGAGUCUCUGCUCUACAUCAUGCUAACUGGCUUUUUAUACAUCGGUCCAAAAAGAAUCAACAUGCGGGCGCCGAUAUACCAGGGAAUCUUUGCAGGACUAUCAGCAUUGGCAAAAGUCGGAAUGGUGUCUAUCGACAAUAGCUACCCUGGGUGCCUUGGCGUCAAUGAUUCCUGCUUUAACACUGUCCUUAAUCUGUUGAAUCCACUUUGCAAGCUCCUAUUUUACAAUGAUGGUUUUUUUAUUGGUGGGAAGUUUUUGAGCCGCUACGAGGAUGUACGUACCAUUAGCGACAAUCAAAUAUUGUCUCUUUAUGGCGCUGCGGACAAUGAGGACAAGAACAACGACAAUGUGGACGAUAUUGAUGACGACGGAGACGAUGGCGACAAAGCAAAUUGUGACGGGGACAAUGGCGGUGAUGAGGACGAUAAUGAUGGGCACAACAAUAAUGAUGAUUGUGCCAGUUCAAAGCUCACUGUUGCGUCCGUUGUCAAACCAACAGCUCAGUCUGCAACUACAACAACAGGCACCACAAAGCCCGCCGCUUGCGAAACCCCAGCAGCCACUGCAGAUUCGACGAGUGAAUCUCUGAUGGAACAGCUGCCGACCCAACCCCGUCUUGUGAAUCUUCGCCAACGCAUUCUUCCGAGCGACUACCACUACCGGCUUUAA